GUAUUUUCCUGCAUUUCAAAAUUAUGAUAAACAUGGGAACGCAGAUUGAAAUUGGAAUCGUCUUUCGGGUGUUUGAAAGUUGUUACAUUAUGAAGAUGGCAGUGCUAUUGUACGUAAAGUUCCGCUUUUACUUUCUGGUGUUGUUCUUAGAGAACUGUCAAGGCGGAACUUAGUAUGAUCAAUUCUAAACAACACACAGCUUAAUUAUUCAUUAUUCAGUUCAAAAUAUAUCCAAGAAUUAAAACGCUUUAGCUUACAUAAAAUCAGAGAUGUCUAAAAUAUUGGAUAGUUACUAGAUUAUGCAUCUUAGUUUCUCGUUAUUGUUCCAUCAUUGUUCAUCCAUUUCUUCCUCAAUUUGUCUUAUAUAUUUUUUCCUUAAAUAUUCCAUGUUUAUCUAAUCUGGGUAUCUGCUUAUAUACAGUAUAUACAACUAAAAGCAAUCAAAUAACAUAUUAUUUGCUACUUCUUGUUAAAUUCUAAAACGUAACAAUUUACUUAAGUAUCACUUUGUCUUUUUUAUAGUUAGCUUUAUUUUUUAAUCAUUUUUUUUCUCAUUUGUUUUCUUUUUUACUGUUUUCUCUUACAUACGUUACAUUGUAAAAUACUUGUGAAUGUCUUUGAAUACUUCAACAAACCAUUGUGUAUGAUUAUGCCAUGAUCUGUGCUUAUGUAAAUUGUUAAAACUGGAAGAGAACACUCAUAGGCCUUAUAGCUUUUUGCCCAAUCCCAAAAAUGUGUUUUGUAAAUAUUGUUCACAUGUUGAAUGUAAUGUUGAAUAAAUUUGUUUAAACCAACUUAAUUAUUGUAAGAGGUUUAAUAACAAAUUACAAACACAUAAUAAUAGCAAUAUUCAAUAUUCAAUUAAAUGUUUAAAACGAGCUAAGAAUGGAUCCUUACAGCUGUGAAACAUGAAAUUUAUAAUAAAGCAUAACCAUAUUCAUUAGCUGUAUUAAAAAUCAUCCUGUAAGUAAAGGUGAUAUACUGAGUAGGACGCAAAAACUCUUUUCUAUGAAAGAAAAAACUGCAAUUUACAAUGUAAGAAUGCAGCAUGACAUAACUAUUUUUAUAAGUUCAAUGGAUAAAUUUACUUGCAGGCAUAUAGAAUCUAGAAUAAACAAUGUAAGAAAGCAGAAUAUAACUUUGGCAGCAAUUUAUCUUCCAUAAGAUAACGUUAUGCAUAUUCUUUAUAGGGGACUCAUCGGCACAAACAUAUUGACUUUAUCUAUAAACUUAUACGUUACGGUAUACAGCAUAAUUUAGUUUUAUUAUACAUGUAUAGUUUUUACACUAGAUUAAACAAUUGCAUAUUUACUUAAACUAUAGCAGGCAUAGUCAAGUAUUCAUAUGUCCUGACGCUUAAGUUAUCUUAUACUUAAAAUCCGCCAAUUACAUAAUGGAUAACAUACAGACACUUCCUGAUUAUGACAGUGUUAUUUCUUAAAUAAUUCAAAACCAGUUUGAAAAUGUCGUGUUUUCGUUUGCUUGUUUUAUAUUUCGUUGGAUUUUUUUCUUCUAGCGCUUUAGUUGGUGGAUACAGCAGAGGUAAUGGUUGUUAAAGUAUAUGACUUAUUUAUGUAUCAAGAUAUUGUUCGUGCGUAUUUGGAUGCUUGUACAUUCGUGAAUUAAGAAAACUCAAAAUUCGUAGAAAAUGAAUGUGGUUUUUAUCAAACGAUAUUUACACCAGAGGGAACAACAUCAACUUUUCUCUACAACUCCACUGACUACCAUUUUUUUCAUAUACAUAUUGAAAAGACAUCAGGAUCAAAUAAAGGACAUCUUGGUUAUGUCCGUAUGUUUCAAUUCUCUAUAAUAGAUACUUUGCAUGUUGAUGUUUCUUGGAAAAAUAGAUCAAACAUAAGUAUUCCUUCUUACUCUGAUGAUCAAUUCACUCUUAGAAUACAUCUAAACAACGUCAGUAUGGAGGAUAAUGGGACAUACCGAAUACGUGGUCGUGAUUACGCUUGUUAUAUCCUUUAUGUAAUGCGAACAAGAAUUGAGCCAAGUCAUAGUCAAGAAGAAAAUGAACCAAUAUAUGUGUUUGCGCAUCCGCAUGCUUCACAGAUAAGCCGGCCGUUAACAAACGCAACUAUGGUCUGGUUAUUAGAUGGUAAAUCUACCAAUCAAUCUGCCAGGUUUAUACAAGAAGAUGGUUUUAUUUGGAUACCUAUGAUUAGAAGAGGCCUCAAUGGAAGGAAUAUAACUUACCGCGCUAUACAGGAUGACGGGAGAAUCAGCGAUAUAAAUACCACAGUAACUGUUAGAUACGGACCAAGCCAUCCUUUGACGCUGGUACCAAAAAAGACACACUACUAUAUGGUCAGUGGAGAUAUCAUGCCUGAUAUAACAUGUACAUCUGAAUGUAAUCCACCAUGUAACCUUUCCUGGGGAGAACACAGCGAGAGAGAGACUCUAAGUCUUAGAACUGUUAAGAAGGAAGAUUCAGGAGAGUACACAUGUACUGCUAGUAGAAUUGGUGGUCAGAUCGUACAACAGACUAUCAGUAUUUUUGUUGCUGAUCGACCACUUCAAUCCCUCGAGUUGUCACCAAGAAAGACACACUAUAAUUUGGUUAGUGGAGACACCAUGCCUGAAAUCAUAUGUACAUCUGAAUGUAAUCCACCAUGCAUCAUAUCCUGGGGAGAACACAGCAAAGACAACAUUCUUAGUCUAGGAGACGUUACCACAGAAGAUACAGGGGAAUAUACAUGCACAGCAAGACGUUCAGAUGGCCGCAUAGUUGAACAAACAGUCAGCGUUUUCGUUUCUGACAACUCAUAUUUUACCACAGCGAUUAUAUGUUUGGCGACGGUUCAAUCACUUACUAUCAUUUUUCUUGGGUUGGGUACAUUUUUCAUUUACAAAAGGAAAGUACCGUUUUGUUGUCAACAACUUUCAGAAUUCGUUUCCAAGAAUAAAACAGACAACACAACAGUUACCUUUUCUCAAUCGAACGUGCAAGGAUCUGAAAAUAGGGUGUAUGAAGACUUGAAACAUAGAACAAGAAACAAUGUUUACGGCGAGAUUAAUUUGUCUAUCAUAGGAGAUGAUGCUACAGUAAGUACAUAUGAAAACAUGAGCAUUCCGGAAAGAAACAAAGCUGAAGCCGAAAAUUAAAAUAUUCAAUUCGUUUGUCAUAUGUUCACAUGCAUAACUAAAUAGUAUUUACAUGCGGUAAAAAAUGACAUUUCCUAAAAGAUUAAUUUUCAUAAGUUCAAAAGCGCUAGUACAAGAAUUAGACAUUGUUUAAAAGUUUAUUUGUGCAAAGACAUUCAAAUUGACAAGUAUGUCAGGCUAUUUUAGAAGGAUAUUUUGUACUCAAUAAUUUAUUUUCUGGACUUUUCUGAGACAAAAAGGGGAACCGUGAAUUAUCAUUGGAAAAAUGCAGAGGCAGAAAGAGAUAAACGUUCCUUACUUGAUUUAGGGAACGCAAAAAGGAAACAAGAAAAAAAAACAUAUUAACGGCGCAGCUGUUCAAUGAAAGAUUUAAAAUCGAUUGAAAAUAAGUCUACAAGCAACUGUUUUGAAUGAAACUGAACAAAAAAAAAUAUUUGCUUUGUACAUGUGUUGUUAGUGAAUCAUAAGAUGACUUAUUUAUCUAGUAUGUUUGUCUCGGUGUUGUAAAAAUAUGAAGAGUGUUUUGUUUUUUUCUCUAUUUUAGAAAAAUCUGAACAGUUAUACUUGUAAUGUUUGUAUGUUAGUAUGUACUAAAUUACUGUGUCCCAUGCUCAGUCAUGAAUAUAAUGACAAUUCCUUGCCUUCAAGGUAUCUAUCUGCUUUAACUGUACAUAUCUAUAUAUCUGCUAUAAAAAUAGUUCAUAUAAUUCCAAAAUGCCCGCAUGAAUGAAAUAUGUUUGUAAAGUUCUUUAGAACGAAUUGCGCGAAAACCAACUUGAAUUAGUACUGUAAUAAUUUACUUCCGUAACAUUUCUUCCGUUAACGUACAAUAUUCAUGUGUAUUAAGCAAACUAAUCAUUCUUUAUUAGAACUCUUUCAAGAAUCGACCAUAUACUUAUGGAAACAGUAUAAUUUAACCGUUGAUAACUUUUAUAAUACUAUUUCAUGAGAUACACUUUAUAUUGCUAUAUGCAAAAAUGUUUUCUUCUUGGAUAUUACUUUUUAAUAGCAUGCUUAAAUGCUCAUAUAGCUUUUAAUAUGCCCGAAAGAAAUCGGCGUAUAUUGUUGUGCACCUGGACGUCCGUCUGUUUACAGUUUUCAUGUCCGGUCUGUAUCUUUUGAACCGGUGGAAGGAAAUUAAACUACUUAGCAGAAAUGUUUACCAUACUGAGACGAUGUGCAGAGCGCAGGCUUAACCUUCCUCGGGUCAAGGUCACGCGUAUUAUUUUGUAUGAAUUACAAACUUUCGUGCCCACUCUGUAUCUUUUGAACCGAUAGAAAGACAUUAAAACUUUAUGGCAGACAUAUUCCUUAUAAUAAGAACACAUGUUAGGGGUCACUUGAUUUAUAUAGACUUAUGUAGGAAAACAUAUUUAAGACUUACUGUGUGAAACUUUAAGCCUAGAGCUAAAAUAUUUGACACGUAGCAUCAAUCUAUAGAUUUCUACAAAAG